UUUCAAUCCCUACUAACUGCCGCAGCGACCUCCCCACCCUUUACAACCCGGACCUGCCUCCGCUUUCUCCUGCUUUUUACAUCGCGGACUCCGAGCCUCACACGAGUGGAAGCGGAGAAGUUCAAGCCGCCGCCGCCAUGUCCGAGGCUUAUUUCCGGGUAGAGUCGGGUGCACUGGGGCCUGAGGAGAACUUUUUGUCACUGGACGACAUCCUGAUGUCCCACGAGAAGAUUCCGGUGCGCACAGAGACCCCCAUGCCUCGCCUCGGGGCUUUCUUCCUGGACCGGAGCGCAGGAGCCGAGACUGACCACACGAUUCCUCAGGGCUCAAAGCUCGAGCUCCCCUUGUGGCUGGCAAAGGGGCUCUAUGACCACAAGCGCCGGAUCCUCUCUGUGGACCUUCCCAAGAUCUACCAGCAGGGUUGGAGGACCGUGUUCAGCGCCGAUGCCAACGUGGUGGACCUCCACAAACUGGGGCCACAUUUCUAUGGGUUUGGCUCCCAGCUCCUGCGUUUUGACAGCCCAGAGAAUGCGGACAUCUCCCAGUCUCUCCUGCAGACCUUCAUUGGACGUUUCCGCCGCAUCAUGGACUCCUCCCAGAAUGCUUACAACGAAGACACUUCGGCCCUGGUAGCCAGGCUCGAUGAGAUGGAGCGGGGUUUGUUUCAAACUGGGCAGAAAGGACUCAAUGACUUUCAGUGUUGGGAGAAAGGACGCGCUUCUCAGAUCACAGCUUCCAACCUCGUUCAGAACUAUAAGAAGAGAAAAUUCACAGACAUGGGAAACUGAAGGCCAGAUGGACACAGAAUUGCUCCUUGUGGAAUUACUGCUCUAUGUGUCCUUGAUAGGAGCCUCGUUGACUUUGUACAGGCCACAUCAUGGCUUAUUUCGUGCAGCAGUCUCGGAGUGGCUGUGUGUUCGGGGAAGGAUGGGCUGGAGGAUGUCUCUGGCCUGUGUGGCUAACAGGACUCUCCCACCCUGCUCACCCCCAGCCGGGGAGAAACCAAAGCCCUUUGUAAAUAAGGACGGUUGCCACAUACAUCACGGUACAAUUGGAACUGGGAUCCCUGGACAAGACAGAUGAAUGGUAUUAGGGCUUUUACUACAGAGAAGGCAUUGCUCUCCUCCACAGUCAGGGCUUCGGGACUGGGCUUCACAAAACUCUGCCAUCAGCCCGGAGGGAAAUGGUUAACCUGAGCUUGUCUUUUGCGAGAUCUUUAGAGCCACCCACCCAGCAAUCCAUGCCCUCACUAGGAGGCUGUCAUGGAGUCAUUUGGAGCUGCAAAGUAGUUAUUAAAGGGUGUUAACCAGCCCGUCUUAUUUUGAAAGCUGGACUUUAGGGUUGCUGGUUAGGCAGAGCCCUGUUUCAGAAGCUGAACGUGGCAAAUGAGUGGGCACGAGACGUUGCCUGUGUUUUUCCUCUUCGGUAAAUUUUGCAGCAUUAUUACCUAGAGGAUUCCUGACCAUUUAUUGAGAAUCUGCUUAAGCAAGCUCAAAACUCCUCUUCUGGAGAUCAAGGCGGAAACGUCAGGCUGUGUAAGAAACUUGGUUCCCUGCGGGCCACCGUCUGAAGGGCAGUUGUCUCCACACCAGCUUCCCACAACCAAUGUGACUGGCCUUUGUCAUUAGAAACUAUAGAGAGCUUUGGGCACUCAGACUGUGCAUAUGUCUCAGUGCAAGCUUGGAGUGCCACAAUGGCUCUCGAAAUGCAUGUUUUAAGACAGAAGCGAUAUUUUUAUAAUUUGAUAUUGGUGCUAAAUAAAUGACCCACUUAGCGCGUGCAUACAUUCUGCACAAGUGACUGUUUCUGUAACUCGAGUACUACAGGCGAUCAGACAGAGCUCGCAAGACUUUUGUCCGUGAUCAUAUUCCACAGCAGUGCCCAACUCAGUCCAUGUUUCAGUGGCCGCUCUCUUCUUUGCACCAGACGCAUGAACAUGAGCUACAUUCCCUGUAGGAACGAGACGGGCCCAAGAAAGGUGGGGCUUCAUGGCUGGCACAGCAUUUACAGCUAGCUGGGGCCCCAGAGAUGAUUCAUAGUCAGACUGAGGAAAGUAUAGUCUUCGAUUUGGGGAUUGACUGUUUUCACAGAUAGCUUUGUGUUUAAAGGCAGUCCUAAGGCUCCUGCCAUUUGUUUUCUCUUAUUGCAAAAAAAAAAAAAAAACACAACUGCGCAGGAGCCACAUGCCAGGAAUACGUGGGUAUGCAUGUGCAGAAUCCAUUCCCUGUUUUACAUUUUGAACAGAUUAUUACAAAUAGCUUUUGAAUCCUAUAUCCAGUUACAAGUCUGCCUUCAAGCCUGUCAGUUACCACCCUGUCCCCCGCAGUCCUCCCUGAAUCAGGCUUUUGGGUCACUCUUUGAUCCCUUCAAAGAGGUGAAUUUUUCCAAAUGAAUCAACAAAUAACUCAAAUACCAAAUUGCUCUUAAAAUCAAGGUGGGGAAUGUGUGCCCUUUCCCCUUAAAGCUCUGUUACCAGCUAACUCUGGACUGAAAUGACAGACCUCAGCAUUUUCAGAUUUUUCCCUGGGAUGACCUGGACUGUCAGAGGAAUGGGGCAAGUCUUCGUCUCCUGGGCCAUCCCUCCCGCUCUCCUUGACCUCUGAACUUGACACAGUCCUGGGUUCAGUCCUUGGGGCUCUCCUAGCCACUCCUACUGUGAGGGCACCUCUCCCCUCCUCAAGCUUUAAACACCAUCGUUGUGCUGUUGACUGCCCCAAGUUUGAUCUCCAGCUCAGACCCCUCCCUCCAGCCCCAGACUUGCAUCCAGCCACCCGCUUGACAUUACUACGUCACCAUCUGACCCAACGUGGCUAAAACAGCUAAUCUUACUCAGUCUGCUCAUCCCAUAAUUCUUCUCUCUGUUUCUGACACCACCAUCCCUCCCCAUUGCGCAUGACAGAAUCCUACGUGCCUCCUUGGCCCUCCCCUCACUCUCUGUAUCUCAUUUGGGUCUGCCUUCAAAUCUGCAGAAUCUGACCGACCUCUUCCCCACCUCCAGUCUUGCACUGAGUGGUUGUGGCUGCCUCCCAACAGCCUCCCACCCUCAGGCUUCACUCUGUAGCAGCCAGAGUGGUCUUUGUUCGACAAUGAAUCCAAUCUUGUUCACUCUCAGCUCAAAUCUCUCCCAUCUCCGGAAAAAAAAGUCCACUCUGCCAUCCUUUUGUUAAAAAGAUCUCUUAACCCCAGUGAUCUGGUUACAAGAUAUCGGAUACACACAGAAAUAAUUUCUAAAAGACGAUUCCAUGCCCUCAACCCAAAGAAAAGUGUCUGAAUUUGGAGUUCUGUUGCUAACUCAGGAUGUCACUAUUUUGAAUGAGCAAAUCUGUUCUCUCCUGUUCCACUAUCCUUCAAGAAACCCCAGAAGAGCGUUUUCAUCUUUAUGCUUGAAACAGUAGUGCUUAAGUGCAAAUAUAGUUAUUUUAUACAUCUUAGCAAAAGAAAAUAACUAUACAGAGGCUGUAUGUGUGUUUCUGAAAGUGGAUAUCUUUGUGUUUAAGAGAAAAAUCUAGAGGCACUUGUGUGGCUCAGUCGGUUGAACCUCUGACUUCAGCUCAGGUCAUGAUCUCGUGGUUCGUGAGUUCAAGCCCUACAUCCGGCUCGCUGCACUGAAGCUACUUUCAGCGCAGAGCCCGCUUCAG